AGUGGAUGCAUCGAUGCAUGGAUGUAUGUAUUCACGGAUCCCAAAGUAAACAGAAACGAGGUGCGAUGAAAUGAAAAUGAAAAUGAAAAUGGAAGCAAAGAAUGGAGUAAAGAAUGGAGUAAAGAAUGAAAGCAAGCAAUGAAAAGUCCAAGUACGAAGCGUAUGUCGAUUUUUUCUGAAUGCCAUGUUACUAUUUUUUCUUUCGUCCCUGUUUGGCUUGCUUGUAAGAGGAAGGGGAGGAGGCGAUGGUGUUGACAAUUAUGGUGGUGGUGGUGGUGAUGGUGGUUUCUUGGGUCUGGAGGAGGGAGGGAGGGAGGAAUGUUCUAUCAUUCCACCACUUGGCGUUGGGUUUGAGCAAUUACAUCUGGAAGACAUGCAUGGCUGGCAGGAAAGGAAGACAUGUCAACUUGGAGCACAUGAUCGACACAUCAGGUCCGGCGAGAAGAUGGAGAGAGCGACUACGAGGAAAGGGAAUCGAGCGGACAGGAGGCUGGGCUCCAUGGCAUAUAGUGAUGAUAUCGAUGCGUUACAAACACAAACGACAAAAGGAAGGGGUACCCUCGGCACAGCUGGCCAAAACGACAGUCGUACGGCAGUGAGGGCCAGGUAGUCGGGACGGGCCAAGGGCGACGGCUCCCUUCAUCCCAAAACAAGACGAACAGGCAUCCCGAUUCGCGCACACAACAUCAAACUUCUAUGAACAGGCACA